GCGGAUGCCUUUCCAGCUGCAACCCAUCACUGGGAAACACCUUAUUUUGUUUUAUUAUAUAGACGACUAUGCAAAGACGAAGAAUUCCCUAGUGCUUGUUUGAUUUGACAGCCUAUCAAGAUCAUGAAUUGUUUCACAGAUCAUGAUUUCAUUCACCAAAUAAAAUGUUUUUACGUUUUAUUUAACCUAUAAUUUCAUAAACUUUGAUUUCUAACAGAUCCGACUUUUACACGAGGCCGAGUUCAAAGUACGUGUAUGUGCAAUACAAUAGACAAAAGCGCGUGCUGCUACUGUGUAAAUCCUGUUCGGGAACGUGCAGCUAUUGGUCAGACCUCGCCAAGAAGUUGUCGCAGUAGGCAAUCAAAUGACUUUGCUGACGCACCGCCCACAGAGAACACUGCAGAGCAGAGUAUAAAUAGCAGCUGCCAGAGGAAGUGGGUUAUUACUUUUGUCCAGAAAGCAAAGACUAUUUCUGCAAAAAUGGCAAGAACCAAGCAGACCGCUCGUAAAUCUACCGGAGGCAAAGCCCCAAGGAAGCAGCUCGCCACCAAGGCUGCCCGCAAGAGUGCUCCCGCCACUGGCGGCGUCAAGAAGCCUCAUCGUUACAGGCCCGGUACCGUGGCUCUCCGAGAGAUCCGCCGCUACCAGAAGUCCACUGAGCUGCUGAUCCGCAAACUGCCCUUCCAGCGUCUGGUCCGAGAAAUCGCUCAAGACUUCAAGACGGAUCUGCGCUUCCAGAGCUCCGCUGUCAUGGCUCUUCAGGAGUCUAGCGAGGCUUAUCUGGUCGGUCUGUUCGAGGACACCAACCUGUGCGCCAUCCACGCCAAGAGGGUCACCAUCAUGCCCAAGGACAUCCAGCUGGCCCGCCGCAUCCGCGGAGAGCGCGCUUAAUUUCACUGUUAUCUUAAUUUAAACCCAAAGGCUCUUUUAAGAGCCACUCCACUAUAUAUAAAAGUAAAAUUUUCUAAAGCUUUAAGUGUACAGCCAGAUUGGUCUUGAUGUAAUCAUUGUGUUCUUUGUACACUCGCAGGAUGAUCAAUAUAUAAUAUUAACGAAGUACCAGUUAACACCAUUGCCAGACAAGUGUGAAAACUAUUCUAUGUACAAACAAAAAUUUGGUGUCACCCUACCUUGAAGCACUGGUGGUGUUUUUGCAAAUGUACACUUCACUAAAUAUAAGUGCUGUUCAUAACAAUAGCAAUUUAAUAAGAUUGAUUCAUUCUGCAAAAAAAUAAAACCUGACGUUGACAUUAA